AUGGCGACUAUAGUGAGAAUUGGGCCAAGUUUCACGCCCAAAAGGUCCCAAAACGCAUCGCACAGCUCAGGCCUAAUCGUUACAGGCGCAAUCGACGACCCAUUUUGCAUUUCCUCCGAACUCACACCGAGCAUAGGCUCACGCAACGGGCAGGGCAGCUCUUGUAGAGAGCCCAUGAGCACGCCAGAGACCAGGAAGAAGGAUCUGGUACAAGGAGUUUUUUCUAGACACGCCAGCAAGUCGACUUCCGUGGAGGCAAUACAGCCACUCAAGGGGUUUCUAUCGCCCGUGGACAAGUCAGAGGAGGCGUCUGAAAAGGGCUCAAGAUCGACUCUGUACAGCGACUCUUGUGCGCCAGUUGUGACGCUAGAGGAUGGUCGUCAAGACGAUGAAUCCACUCAGACUGUUUUGGAGUCUUCAGCUUCGUCGGAAACUCCCGCAACAAACGCUCAAUUUUACACGUGCAAACAAAUGAUUGAGAUUUCACCAAAGAGAAUAGAGGACAAUUAUGAUCUACCACUUUUCUUCCUAAUCAGAUUUGGGGGUCCGGCUUCGUCAGUUGGUGCCUCUGUGCUUAGAGACGGUGAUUUGCUCAAGACUUCGAUCCUCUCCAAGCUCAGUUACGAGGAAAUGUACAGAUACUAUGCAUGCAUGUACAAGAGACUGCACGACAACGUCAUGGCAAAGAAUUGUGGAAAGAACCUAGACAAGACCAAACUCCACAGGAAAAUGUCACGUGAGAUACCUACUAAAACUUGGCAGAACCGAGAGAAUCUAUACAGCCAAAUCGUGACGCAGAGCACGUGGAAUCCCUUUUCCAUUUUUGGCUCCUCACCUCCAUACGCAAGCCUGCAGGACAUCUUUAACAUCAAAUCCAUACAGGAUUACGUAACUCCAGAUGUUUUUGGUAGAAUGUGCAGGGUUUUGGGCCACACGAGGCACACGCUGCUCGAGUAUUUGGAAAGGCACUGGAAGAAGGAAUCCUACACCGCCAACUGGAAAGAGGACCCUCUUUUACACGAGGAAGUUGUCUGGUACCUCAAGGCAACUGGAAAGACUGUGGACAAGUCUGAAUCAGUCUACACGUUGCAGAAAUGCUACUGUGUAACUCCAAACCCAAACAUUCGCUACAAUUGGAACGAUCCAAGAAACGCCCAUAUAAACCAGGAAAGACGAAGAAUAUCCACGUGGCAACCGAUGGUUGGAGAUGAGGAAAUCAAGAGGAUUGACGUGGAGCAGCUUCUGGAGGAUAUCGAGUAUUACAAGAGGAGCAGAGAAGAAUGCUCAGACCUCUGUGGAGGGUACCUGGAGAGCCCACAAGGCUCGCAAUACACAUCGCAACACGGGCACACAGAUUUUAAUGCCAGAGACGAGGAGAAUACGGCGCAGGAAUGGACGAGUGCCGGGAAGCGCCUCUGCCGGCAUGCCCCUGAGGAGGGACUCUGGUCUGCCACUCAGUUUAAAUCAUAA